AUGGUACCGACCAGUUGUAAAAUAAUUGACGAACAAUUUAUGAAAAAAGUAAUUAGUGCUAUGUAUGGUACACAAACUGAUGAUUGGCUAUCUCCAAAUUGGGCAAGCGGACCAACUCUACCAUGUUCUUUUAUGAAUUUACCUAUGCAAUUUCCUGCACAUUAUUGUAUGUUUGCAAAUAACGCACAAAACAAAGGAAAUAUUGGAUGGCAAAAUAUAACACAACAUAUUACUAAAAUGGACGCCAGCACUGCCGUGGGAACAACUAUAAUAGAUUAUAGUUAUAAACCAAUAUUGUCUUAUCUAACAAUGCCUUGGUUAUCUGUGUAUUCUGGGCGUACAGAAACUGACGGAUUAAAUACUGAAUCGUUCAAGGUCACAGACACUAAUAGUAUUGCAUUACCUAAUAGUUUUACUAUCAAUAAUAUAGACGGUACAUAUAAAGCUGACGCAAGUAAUAAUUACGCAUUAUUAACAGAAGAAUUUAAAAAAUUAUAUUAA